CCCAGUCUGGCAGCACUACAGCUGAUAGCAAACGUUUUGUUUAUUUAUUUGCUUUUGCGAUUCACUGCUGCCGAAAAAACAAGGACUAUGGCGGAUACUCCAUUCACGCCGGGAACGCCUAACACUCCUGGCAGUCGAGCUGUGGCCAUAGCCAAGGCCCAAAACACUGCGUUGGAAGAAUUCAAGCGUCCACUGCCAUCGGGCAGCGAGCGACGCAAAGUGAAACCAAAGAUUUUGACAGAGGAGCGCUACAUAGAGGAAAUGUCCAAAAUCAUACAGCGCGACUUCUUUCCCGACCUGGAGCGUUUACAGGCCCAAAACGAUUACCUGGAUGCUGAGUCACGGCGCGACUUUCAGCAAAUGGCAGAGAUACGCGCUCGCUAUAGCCUAGGCCGCGAUAGCGUUGGCGGCAGCCAGCGCCGAAGCAACAGUCGCAACAAUGCCAUGUCACCUGCCACAUUUGAAACACCUUUAAGCAACGUUAAUGGCAGUGCAACACCUAGACUGGAUACUCCCAUGUCCACUACCAGCAGCAGCAAAGCCAGCGCUGCCGAGGGCGGCAAUCGAGACAAUGAAGCACGUAAUAUGUCGCUGGAUGCGUAUCUGCAGCACUAUACCAGCGAGGAUAAUCAGAGCUUCCAGGAGAUUAUUGAGACGGCGGAGGAAAAGUUGCGCGAGAAGUACGCAGUGCUUUACGGCCACGAGCAGUGCUCCAUGGAGCAAUUGCGACGUGCGCUCACGCUGCCCAGCAUAGAGAAACAGUUUGAGGAGCCCGAUCCGAUGCGCAAGAUUCAAACCUGGAACUACACCAACAGAAACUCCAUAAUGUAUAUACCGGAUGGCGUUGACAUGACCGAACAGGAACGCGUGCAGAUGGCCGAGCGCAGGCAAAGCAUACAGCAUCAUGCCACACGACUGCCACCUGGCUCUCAGUACAGCACAGAGACAGCACCCAGCACUAACUCUGAAGCAGAAACUCCAGCGGGCACGACGACUACGCCACGCAUACGUGGCUUUGAGCUGCUGCGCUCGCCCUCGCCACAUCCUGGCGAAGCGUUCUCACCUAUUAUGACCUGGGGUGAAAUUGAUGGUACACCCUUUCGCCUGGACGGCGGUGAUACGCCGCGCCACAACACAACCGGACCCUCGUUCCACAUUAACGAAAACUCGCGACGUGAGAACAUUGCCAUUGCACUGGCCGAAAAGGUCAGCGAGAAGAUGCGCAACCAGAAGCAGCAAGCGCUGAGCACAGCACGCCGCAACAUUAACUCGCCAUUUGUGCGCUCCAACAUGGACCGCUUGGCCAGCAUGUCACCCGCAGCUCGCCGCCUGGCCACUGGCAAGCUGGGACUGCGCCAACAUACGCCGCUGUCGACACCAUCGCCAUCGCUGCAACGCAAGCGGCGCAGCGCACCGAGCGCGAAGCUAACACCCACACCUUUGCGCAGUAGUCAAAGCAGCGCCACGCCCACGCCCAUAGACACAGGCUCCACGCUUACCGACGAUCUACUUAAAAUACCAACCAAACGGCGCAGUGCCGCUGCAGACUUCUUUUAAUUAUUUUUUUUUUAAUGCCAACUUUAUUAGUAAUAAAAAACACAUAUAAAAGAAGAG